CUGAACCCAAGGAGCAGGCUUAAUGAUACCCCCUACGCAGCUCGAAUAUUGUUGUGAACCCCUGUAAAUGUCACUGUUGGUGGACGGACAGAGAACGUACAAGGAGCUCCUUGAGGUUGGAUCGCCAGGCGGUGUGUUGCUUGCUCCUAUUGGUACCCGCACUUUCAUUGUUUGACUCAGUUACGCUGGUUGAAGUCAGCCAUGUCGGACGGGUAAGUGCUAUCAUCUCUCGUGUGUUUUUCCACUGGUUAUUGCAUUGUACGAGAUCUAAAAUGAUAAUGUUUCAUUUCUCUUACGAAUGUCUCCAAAGACAUGUAAGUAUCAGCGAUAUACAUUUUACUCAUGUUUUGUGCAAGACAGAAGGUGGAAGUAAAUAUUAUUUAUGUGUGAAUUACAGAAAAAAUGUAAGAUCUCCUCCUCCAGAAAGCUGGGGCUAAAAAUCAGACUUUUGGCAGUUGCUACUAAAAUGCUGGAGGAGGAAAAAAAUCAGAAGAUAAAGGAGAAAGAAGCCUUGAUGGCAGAGAGACUUCCUCCGCUGAAUCUUUCUGGUCUGUCUUUACAGGAACUGCAGGAUCUGUGCAAAGAAUUGCACCGCAAGAUUGAUAUUGUGGACGAGGAACGCUAUGAUGUUAGCCUGAAAGUUUCCAAAAACGAUGUGGAGAUUGAAAACAUGAAACUGAAGAUUACCGAGAUUCAGAGCAAGUUCAAGAAGCCUCACCUGCGGAGAGUGAAGAUCUCAGCUGAAGCGAUGCUGAGCGUUCUGCUGGGCUCCAAACACAAGGAGUCGAUUGACUUCAAGGCAAACCUCAAAACUGUCAAGAAGGAAGAAGAAAAGAAAGAGGAGGUUACUGACUGGCGUAAGAAUGUGGAGGCCAUGUCUGGGAUGGAGGGCAGGAAGAAGCUCUUUGACGCUUCUGGCAACUGAAGACAAAAACACUAGCUUUUCUGUAAAAGGCACUAUUAUAACGUAAUAUUAUCCGCACAUUGUAUUGCUGAAUGCAAAGAAACACUUAAGGGAGACUCGAGGUUUAGGGAAAUGAUUGCUGCAUCAACAAUGCUGCAGAAUUGUGCUCCUUGUUCCAGCAGAUGGCAGCAGAGCUCUUUAAUUUUUCAGCACCUCUAGAAACUUUGAACGUUCAGAAACGUUUGGUGAUUUUAAACAAUAUUGUUUGCUAUUUAGACACAGUUCUCAGUUGUGACAAACUGACUUGUUGUGGUACCGCUACAAAAGUAACAUCAGCCAAUAAAAAUGCUUCUAAAACUCAAAAAAUGAUAUUACUGUUAGUUUCUGUAUAUUCAUAUCCUCCACAAAAAAGGGGAUUAUGUGUUAUUUUCUAUUUAAAUUUAGAAAUUCUCUUUGAAAGCAUACUUGACCAAGUUUAUUUUGACCUAUUAUAAUAAAAUAAAUAAAUAAAUUACACAA